AGGUCAUAAGUACGCCUUCGUCGCUCUGUGGACGUCACAAUGUAACGCGCAGCGACGCUAACUGUAGGGGGCGGCCAAUCAUCGACCACUCAACCACUUAAGGUUCUAGAACUCAAACUGAGUCAGACAUUCGUCUUGUGCUAACGUGUAUCCCGUACGUGUUCUCGCAUAUCAACUGUGACAAUGAAAAAAUCAUUCUUAAUAGUGUUAUUGCUCUUUGCAAUAAUUUGCACUGACGGAAAGAAGUUAUCUAAAAGUCGGAGCUCUAGUUCGAGCCGCGGGUCCAGCAGGAAAACUUAUAAUCCACAGCCAACAUCAAGUGCAAGUGCAGCGCAGCCAUCAGCGCCCAAACCAUCACUAUUUGGAUGGCAGGAAAAACCUGCCCAGAGCAAGUCAUCGGCACCGAGGCAGUCUCAGCAGCCGAAGCAAACUCAGACACAUUCGUACCCGUCGAGUAACACCGGUUUGUCCGGUGGUGGUCAGGCCAAGCAACCUGCGACUCAUCAGGAAAGUGUUCAGAAAAGCAGUGUACCACAAAGUGCAUCAGGUCAACAAACGCCCCAACAGAGUCACUCGUAUCCUGCUUCGUCAAACGGUUUGUCAGGUAGUUCCAGUGGCGCAGGGUAUCCACAACAACAAGGAGGGCUGUCCGGUGCAGGCGCCGCGCCGCCACCGUACAGCGCCGCUGGAGGGACUGGUUAUCACCAGGGCCCACCUCCUGCUUAUUCCAGCGCGGGAGGCUACCCCAAGCAGCAGGGCACUGGAGUGGCUGGGACUGGUGCAGCGGCUCCUCCACCUUACAGCGGAGGAAAUUAUGGAACUAAUGCCGGUGGAAAUUACGGCGGCAAUUAUCAUCACCCAGCUCCACCGCCACCUUACUCGCCGAACUAUGGUGGAUACGGAGGUCAUGGAGGUUACGGAGGGCAUGGUGGGUACGGAGGAUACGGAGGAUAUGGAGGAUCUUACAGUCCCAUGCAUACACCGCAGAUGCCUGGGUACUUCGGAAAUUAUGGAAACAAAGGCUACGGUGGUGUCAGUCGCGGUAGUAGCAUUCUCUCCGGGGUGGGCAUAGCCGGUGCAGGUGUGGGCACCAUACUUACAGGCCUUGCCUUGUGGAACUUAGCCCGUUCAACGGGUCAGUCGCAUCACACCGUCAUCUACGAUAACAGGGGUCAACCCGUAGCAGUCGCACCAAAUAACAGUACCGAACCUGUGGCAGAUCCGAUUUUGGGAAAUCUUGUCAAUUGUACUCUGACUAUUAGCAAUAACGAUGCAACUGAAAUUUUAGGAAUUCCUUGCGCUAUCGCUACUUCUUUUACUCCGGAGGCAGAUGUGAAAGAUGCAGGAGUAGGUAAAGAUCCAAACGACAACACGAAAUGUACAAUUACAGUCGUCACUAAGGAGGGUAAAGAAUUCAGUACAACUAUUCCUUGUUCUACUCUUCUCAACACAGCGGCUGAAAACAACGUUACCGAGCCUCCUUUGAUUAAUAAUGGAACAGAGGUGAUUAAUGGUCCUAUGGUUCCGCCGGCUGAUCCGUAUGCGAAUGUGCCCGUCCCACCAGCAAUUCCUCAGUCUCUGCCGCUUGCAGGCAACGGAGAUAUAAAAAAUUUAAACUGCACACCGGAGCAAGGGGAAGUUAGGGAUCCAAUUAACCCGUGUUUUACGUUAGCCAAUAAUUUAACAGUGAUUCCAUUAGCACCCAGUGGUGACAUUCCGUCUCCCACAACUGCCCCUAGUGCUUAGUUUAUAAGGUUCGUUUUGGUUUAUUUAAUUUUACAAAGCUCAGUUUCGAUAUCGACAUAAUAUUUUUUAACAACUCCAUUGUAAUUAUAUUGUGAUGAAGAUGAAUGUUUGUUACAUCACCUGGAAUACCUACUUACGUUUAUAAUGUGUAGUUUCCCAUUGUGUUUUCCUUAGAUUAGAUCUAAUUAAAAAGAUAAUGUGCAACAAGGUUCUUUCAAGUAAUUAAAUGAUAUUAAAUUAGGUACACUUUUAAUUUAAUGUGUAUGUGUAAAUUAUUAAAUUAUAAGAUAGGUAGGUUACACAUAAUUCGAGAAAAUAUACGUGUUUUGGUCAUUA